UAGAUUCAGGGAGUGAGGAACAAGGGGUGGGACAUAAAAGCUGCAGUUCCCGCCAGUCCUGAGCACUGAAGGACAGCGGUGAACAUGACAGACUCCAAGGAAGCCAAGGGGCAGCGGCUGGGCCCCCUGGAUGAGGAAGAGCUGAUAGCCGGUGGCACCAGGUAUUUCAUAAAAGGCCUUGGAUUCCGACCAACUUACAGCUUCAAGGACAUUGCAGGGGGCCCUGGCCACGGCUCGAGAGUCCUGAUGCUGCAGCUGCUCUUCCUCGUUCUCUUCACUGUGAUCCUGGUGGUUGUCCUUGUGAAAGUCUCCAAGGUCCCCAGCUACCAAGAGCAGAAGCAGGCAAAACAAAUGAUCAAUAACAAAAUGAACCAGCUAAAGAAUGGAAUAGGCCGCCUGUGCCGCCCCUGCUCCUGGGACUGGACAUUGUUCCAGAGAAACUGUUACUUCUUCUCCAACUCCAAGCUGAACUGGAGCAACUCUGUCACUGCCUGCCAGGAAAUGAGGGCCCAACUUGUCGUCAUCAAAAGUGUUGAGGAGCAGAACUUCCUGCAGCUGAGUUCUAAGAAUAGAGGACCCACCUGGAUGGGACUCUCAGAUCUGAAAAAAGAAGGCGUGUGGCACUGGUUGGAUGGUUCACAUCUGUGGUUCAGGUUCACGAAGUACUGGCUUCCAGGGGAGCCCAACAAUGACGGGAAGGAAGACUGCGCAGAAUUUAGAGGCGAUGGCUGGAACGAUGGUAAAUGUGAACGUGAGAAAUUCUGGAUCUGCAAGAAGCCUGCAGCCUCCUGCUCCAACAUAUGAAGUCCAGUCUUUCUCUUCAGUCCCUGCAGCUCAAAUGUCUUUAUCAGGUGGAAGAACUUUGCCCACAUUUAUGUGAGUUUCUUUUCCCUCUCUGAGGGCAUCGAGCUCUUAACAACAGCUCUAGGACGCUUCUCUUUCCAUUCUUCAUCUCCUCGGGAGUUGAGUCACUGCUCUCCUUCCGGCCUUCCUUCCACCUGGCUUUGAGGUCACGUUUGUAGUCCAUCUUUGAAGACAGUGUGGGACACAUUCAGGGGCUGGGUGUGUUCCGUUGAUGUAUCCUGUCUUCUUUGCUGAGAUCAGAGGGUUUGCAUUGCCAUGUCCAACUGCUGCCAUGUCCUCUGAGAUUUUAUCCCACCCCCACAUACUUUCCUUUCAUCUACUGAACUUCCAACCACCUCCCCCGGGACCCUUUGCCCGGGGACUUUGCCUAGUUGCCGUGGUUCACCCUUCAGGCUGGAAGCACCAGGGAACUGAUGCCCCUAAUCAAUCAUAACUCUGUGCAGAUGGUGUAUAAACAUCCUGGCUUCUUUCUCAGUCAACCAACUUCUGGACCUGAGGUGGGCCUCCUAGACCUGUCUUCAACAAGGGACAUGUGAACCCCACUGCUGUGAGUUCUACUGGAGGCAGCCACCACCCGUCAAUCACUCCCCACCCAUACUCUGCUACAGGAAGCUUCUCCAAAGUCAGGGUGCUUCCUAGAGGAGCUCACACAGAAUGAGGUACAGGAUGAUAAAGAUCUGGCUGUGUUGGGCCAACAUGGGGCACUAGUGAAGAACCAACUGUUCCAGAGCUUGCAGUAUGGGCACUGAUGCCUGCUGUCAGACCCUCUCUACUUGAUUUAUAGUUCUGCCCAUUGCUGUUUCGUCUUUGUCUGGAUUCUUGAGUUAUGAUAGUGUCUUCUGCUAUUCUUACUGAGCCCCUCUGACCAUGCCUGAAUUUAUGGUAGGGAGGUGACUUGAGUGGAGGCUGGACAUCCCAGGAUGGGGCUGGUCACCAGAAAGACCAAAUAAGUGAUAAAACAGUUGAAACUUUCUGUCUCAUCUGUCCAACUCCAGGAAGGAUGGAGAUUGGAGACAGCUCUGUAAAAAUUCUUUUGCAAUGAGAUUUAAUGCCUUCCCAGGUUGCUGAACACGUGAGGCUCCGGAGGGUGGCACACCUGGAGAGGGCACGGAAGUGUCAUGAAACUUCCCCUCUCUUUCCCUAUUCUCUGUAUUUUUUCCAUUUGGGUGUUUCUGAGUUGUAUCCUUUUAAUA